CAAACGUGCCUGAUGUCUUGUGGGACAGUUUUAUACAUACAAAUCUAACCUGUACUCUGUGGCUGUUCUUUAAACCCAUACUCUUAGCCAUGUUCACUUAGCAAUACUACUUGUGUCCUCUGACAUCUCACACACACUGGAGGGUGACAGCAGCCAUCCGUCUAGCUGCCACUUGCAGGGCAGAGUCAAGUGGCAUGCUGAAAACUUCCUGUGCAUAAUUUGCUGUUUGUUUGUUUGUUUGAUUUGCAAGUAUAAAGAUUGAUUCUGAACUGGAAACCUACUGUAUAUAUUUGCAUUUCCUUGAUAUUUUAAAUCAGGUCCAUUUGUCAUUGCGUUCAUUGACACAUCAUGGCUUCUCUGUCUACUUUAGAAAAUUCCAAGUCUUUGUCUUCUCUAGCAGUUUGUUAAAGGAAUGAUUAUAAAUUGUUAAUGACCAAAGUAGAAAACCCUCAAACCAGAGCUAAUACUGUAUUGCAAGGCUGAAUAUUUGAUAAUGUUUCACUAACCUCUAAUGAGUAGAUUUGAGAGAGGCUAAAGGGAGACUUUUUCUUUCAAGAUUUUUAUUUUAUAUGUAUGAAUAUUUUGCCUGAAUCAUGUGCACAAGUAUUUUGUCUGUGUGCCAUGAGCAUGCAGUACCUGGACUUAAAGACACUUGAGAACUACCACAUGGGUGCUUGGAAUCAAGCCUGGGUCAUCAGAAGAGCAACCAGGUUAGCCACUGAGCCAUCGCUCCAGCCCAAGAAGGAAAUGCAAUCUACAUUUUCUGCCUGGGCCUUUCUUAUUUAUAAAAUGUAGAAAGAAAGCGACUGAAGUUAAAUACAAGCACAUAUAUCCUGCAGAUUCCUGUCUGCUUCUCCUUUCUGUAUCGUCACAGCACAGCAAAACUGCUGUGAUCUCAGACUAUUUUUCCAACUUAGUUCUUAUUCGCAUUAGCCGUAUUUGGGGGAAAGCCGAUAGGCCUGGCUUCAGUUGGGAUUAAUCACCAAAGAUUUACACAACAGACCUCAGAAACAGCCCACAACAACUGCUUCUGAGCAUGAGCAGUUGGUUUUUACAGACGUUGAGGAAGAGCUCUCUUGGGCAUAGCAUUUAACACAAGAGGCUUUCUGAUUUGAAAUAAAGUGCACCCAGCACCCAGGGACUGGCGAGAGCUGUGCACUGCAGGUAGCGGGUCUGCUGAGAGAACAAGACAGGAAGCAAACAUGACGUCACAACUUCAUGUCAUUCUUUAUAUAGCAUUAGCAUUAUGUGAUAUUACUACAAGCAUGACUGUUCUUAAUGUCACAAAAGUAUGUCAGUCACCUACAGGACCAAAAUGGAGCCGAUGCCCCAGUAUGACCUGUCCAGACUGCCGGAAAACACAGCCCUGAAGCAGCAGACGCUGCCUGCCCACCAGCUGGAAUUAUCUGCCUCGGUGGUCCUCUCUAUCUUUUUUGCCACAGGAGGGUUCUGCCUCUGUAUGGGCAUCAUCCUUCUACUGUCUGCAAAGAGCACCAGGGAAAUUGAGAUUAAUUACACAAACACAUGUGCACAUUGUGCUCAGCUACGGGAAAACAGCUCUAACUUUGACAAAGAGUGCACCUGCUCUGUCCCCUUCUACCUGAAGGAGAAAAUGGAGGGUAAUGUUUAUAUGUACUACAAAUUGUAUGGUUUCUAUCAAAACCUCUAUCGAUAUAUUCUAUCAAGAAGCAAUAGUCAACUGGUGGGCAAGGAUAUUUGGGAUGUUAGGAACUGCGCCCCGUUCCAGGUGUCCCACAACAGCACUCCCAUCAUUCCCUGCGGUGCAGUUGCCAACAGCAUAUUCAAUGAUACCAUAACUCUUUCGUAUCACCUUAAUUCGUCUAUACAUAUAGAAGUCCCGAUGCUAAAGAGUGGGCUUGCAUGGUGGACAGAUAAGUAUAUCAAAUUUCAGAACCCAAGAACCAGUGAUCUUGCUAGUGCGUUUGCAGGAAGAGCGAAGCCUCCGCACUGGGCCCGACCUAUCUAUGAGCUAGAUACGGAGGACCCAGGAAACAAUGGCUUCGUCAAUGAGGACUUCAUUGUGUGGAUGCGGACCGCCGCCUUUCCCACGUUCAAAAAACUGUACCGCCGGCUCAGCCGCGUGCACUACUUUGUCGAUGGCUUACCUGCCGGCAACUACACUUUCCACAUAUCCUACAAUUUUCCAGUUACCGUGUUCCGAGGAAAAAAAUCUGUUGUUCUUUCCACCCUGACGUGGAUCGGAGGAGGUAGCCUUUUCCUGGGGCUUACGUACACAGUGACAGGGUCAUUGACAUUGUUGGCCUCUUUUGUCAUCCUGGCAAUUCACCAGAUGCUGAAAAAGAAUAAAAAAGAUUUCCUGUAGGAGUGAAGUCGAGCUUUGAAAAGAAGACGAGCAGAAGACAAAAUGGACAAUGAAGUAAAGAAGUGAAGACCUCUGGCAAAGCCUGAGCUAUUUCGGAGUCAUCUCAACAGGGGGUUACUGGAUUGACUGACUCCAAUAUCAUCUCAACUACAUGAAUAAACAAAGAGAUUCCCAGAGUGGGGUGACGAGAAGGACUAAGGAGGAGGAGGAGAAGAAGAAGAAGAAAAAUGUGUGCCAUAAAAUGUUCUUGGA